AUGAUCCAGUUCUUUGAGCACAUGGGCGAUCUAUCUGUAUCAAACGGCAUCCGCUUCCAGGUCUGUUUCUCAAGCCGGCACUACCCGUACAUCACAAUCCGCAACGGCUUGGAGCUAGUGUUAGAGGGACAAGAGGGACACUCGCAAGACAUCACCAACUACGUCGAGACUGAGCUAAAGAUUGAAGCCACUGUGUCUAAGGAGCAGAAAGUCCAAUUUAUACACGAGUCGGUGAGAGACUUCCUACUCAAGGAGAACGGCCUUGGAAAGAUCUAG